AAGCCGCGUCCAAUGACAAGGAAGAGGUGGCCGCUGCUGCCCUAUCCGCUGCGACAACACCAGGACAGACGCCACUAACUGGCGGGCGCUCCUCCGGUCUUUCCGCGUCCUUCCACGUUUCGCCCGACUCCUGCCACUGCCCGGCCGGAGCGGGGGGACGGGAGGGGCCCUCUAAUCUGGUCAUGUCUAAGAAGCCAUCUAUGAUCAUGGUGAUUUACAUCAUUGUUUUCUUCUAAGAAUUAGCAAUUCGAGAUCUUGGAUCCACUUGUGUUCAUUUUUGUACAUAAAAUAGGUAUCCAAAUUUAUUCUUGUACAGGAAUAGAAAUGCCUAAAAGCAACUGGCACAGUAGAAGACGUGGGAGAAGGAGCUACCCGCAGAACUCUUGGUUCAGACAACAGAGUUCUAAUGAGAGGCGUGAUGCAGGGUCACAGCAGAGCGCCCAGGACUCCGCUGUCCCUGGCGGCGAUGAGGCCCCAUCCACCUCAUCCAGCGCAGCUGGGAGUUCCUCUGUGCCAGACCUACCAGGGUAUUACUUUGACUCUGAAAAGAAUCGCUACUUCCGCUUGCUUCCGGGACAUAACAACUGCAACCCCCUGACGAGGGAGAGCAUCCGGCACAAAGAAAUGGAGAGCAAGCGGCUGCAGUUGCUAGAGGAAGAGGACAGACAGAGAAAGAAAAUAGCCAGGAUGGGAUUUAAUGCAUCUUCCUUGCUACAAAAAAGCAAGCUGGGUUUUCUCAAUGUUACCAGUUAUUCCCGUUUAGCCCAUGAACUGCGAGUGAGCUGCAUGCAGAGGCACAAGGUCCUGAUUCAGAGCUCGGAUCCCUCUGCCUUGGCAAGCGAGCGAUUUAACCUCAUACUGGCGGAUACCAACAGCAGCCGGCUUUUCACAGUGAAUGAUGUCAAAGUUGGAGGCUCCAAGUAUGGCAUCAUCAGCCUGCAUGGUCUGAAGACCCCCUCACUCAAGGUGCAAGUGCAUGAGAACCUCUACUUCACCAACCGCAAGGUGAACUCAGUAUGCUGGGCUUCGCUGAACCACUUGGACUCCCAUAUUCUACUCUGCCUUAUGGGAAUUGCAGAGACUCCGGGCUGUGCCACCCUGCUCCCAGCUUCGCUGUUCGUCAGCAGUCACCCAGCAGGAGACCGGCCCGGCAUGCUCUGCAGUUUUCGAAUCCCAGGAGCCUGGUCCUGUGCGUGGUCCCUGAACAUCCAGGCAAAUAACUGUUUCAGUACAGGCUUGUCUCGGCGGGUCCUGGUGACCAACGUGGUGACAGGACAGCGGCAGUCAUUUGGCACGAGCAGUGAUGUCUUGACGCAACAGUUUGCCCUCAUGACUCCGUUGCUGUUUAACGGCUGUCGUUCCGGGGAGAUUUUUGCCAUUGAUCUGCGUUCUCGAAAUCAUGGCAAGGGCUGGAAGGCCACCCGCCUGUUCCAUGACUCAGCAGUGACCUCUGUGCAGAUCCUCCAAGAAGAGCAAUGCCUGAUGGCGUCUGACAUGGCUGGAGCGAUCAAGCUUUGGGACCUGAGGACCACUAAGUGUAUAAGGCAGUAUGAAGGUCACGUGAAUGAGUAUGCCUACCUACCCCUGCACGUGCACGAGGAGGAAGGAAUUGUGGUGGCAGUGGGCCAGGACUGCUACACAAGAAUCUGGAGCCUCCAUGAUGCCCACCUGCUCAGAACCAUACCCUCCCCACACCCCACCUCCAAGUCUGACAUCCCCAGCGUGGCCUUCUCCUCUCGGCUAGGGGGCUUCCAGGGAGCGCCAGGGCUGCUCAUGGCCGUUCAGCAGGACCUUUAUUGCUUCUCUUACAGCUAACUUGCAGCCCUUUCAAGAAAUAAUGAGACUGGCUGAGACUUCCAGAGUAGUCAGUGCCUGGAUUCCAGAAAGACAUGGCGUCUGUUCUUGAGAAAGCCACCUGGGGAGAGAGGAGGGAAGUCAUUUCCCUGAGUCUCUAGAGAAGGAUUUAAGGCUGGAGUUGGGAAUCAUUAAACCAGCCUUCUUGUGUAAUUUCACUCGAUAAUAACAGAUCUCUGUUAUUUUAUUAUUCAUAUGCAAUGGAAGGAGAGAUGAACCUUUAGAUAGAAAGGGUUUUUAACAGGCCUUGACAUGCCAGGAUGUUAGGUACAGCAGUUCCUGUUUCUAUCAUCAUGAUUUGACUGUCAGAUUCAAGGACCCCAAUCUCAAAGAAAAUUGGCUUUGACUUUUUGUAAUCUAAAAGAAGCAGUUUGUGGGCCUCCCCGGUGGCGCAGCGGUUGAGUGCUGGGUUGUGAAGCUGCCCGCAGCCUCUGCAGUGUCGGUUCGAUCCCCGGCUGCUCCCCGGCCACCAGAGGCGGGUCCCACAUGGCGCGCAGACCUCUCCUGCCGCCCGCUGCUCCCCUCAGCAGUGUACUUUGGUCCUUCUGCCUGCUCUGCUCCCCGCUCUGGCU